AUGGGAAUGGUGUAUUGGCAGAUGGGACUGGGUAAGACUUUGCAAGCUCUCUCUUUCUUAUGCUAUUUGAAGGUUUGUCAGAGAUCACCUGGGCCAUUUUUGGUAUUAUGCCCUCUCAGUGUGACUGAUGGUUGGGUGUCAGAGGUAGCCAAAUUUGCCCCAAACUUGAGAGGCCUUCGUUAUGUCGGAGACAAGGAUCACCGGCGAAAUUUACGCAGGAAAAUGUAUGAGGAUAUAAAAGAGCAAUCCUUGUCAUCUGAUGUGCCAUUGUUGCCUUUUGAUGUGUUGCUGACUACAUAUGACAUAGCAUUGAUGGAUCAGGAUUUCCUCUCUCAAAUUUCAUGGCAUUAUGCUAUUAUCGAUGAAGCACAAAGACUAAAAAAUCCUACCAGCGUCUUGUAUAGUGUCCUCAGAGAGCGCUUUGUCAUGCCACGACGGUUGCUGAUGACUGGCACCCCUAUUCAGAACAACCUUGUGGAACUUUGGGCUUUGACGCAUUUUUGUUUGCCUUCAAUCUUUGGGACAUUGGAGCAGUUCAUCUCAACAUUCAAAGAAGCUGGAAAUCCUUCAUCAGGUCAUGAUGCAGCAAAAGUUAAGGAACAAUUCAAAAUCAUAAAAUAUAUAUUGGCAGCAUUUAUGCUUCGAAGAACAAAAUCUAGGCUUAUUGAGUCUGGAACCCUCGUGCUGCCACCUCUUACUGAGAUCACUGUGAUGGCACCCUUGGUGACUCUGCAGAAGAAGGUGUAUAUGUCCAUAUUGAGGAAAGAGCUUCCUAGGCUUCUAGCACUCUCUUCUGGAGCUUCUAAUCAUCAGUCCUUACAGAAUAUUGUAAUACAGCUACGGAAAGCAUGUAGUCAUCCUUACCUUUUUCCUGGUAUAGAGCCUGAACCCUAUGAAGAGGGGGAGCACCUCGUUCAGGAUUGUGGCAAACUUAUAAUCCUAGACAAGCUACUUAAGAAGUUACAUGAUUCUGGACAUCGGGUUCUUUUAUUUGCUCAGAUGACUCAUACACUCGACAUUAUACAGGAUUUUCUGGAAUUGAGAAGAUAUUCUUAUGAACGUCUUGAUGGCUCAAUACGGGCUGAGGAGCGGUUUGCUGCAAUUAGAAGUUUUAGCCGACCAUCAACCAAAGGAAAUUCUAAUUCUGAUGCUGAUCAAAACAGUGCAUUUGUCUUUCUAAUCUCUACAAGAGCUGGGGGAGUUGGUCUGAAUCUUGUGGCAGCUGAUACAAUUAUAUUUUAUGAGCAAGAUUGGAAUCCCCAAGUGGACAAGCAGGCUCUGCAGCGUGCACACAGGAUUGGUCAGAUCAAUCAUGUGUUGUCUAUAAACCUAGUUACUGGAAGGACAGUGGAGGAGGUUAUUAUGCGUAGAGCAGAGAGGAAGUUACAGCUUAGCCAUAAUGUUGUGGGUGAGGAUGUUAUGGAUCAGGAAGGGAAAGAAAAGACAGGAGCUGAAGCUGGUGAUUUGAGAGCUGUUAUUUUUGGGUUACAUAAGCUUGAUCUUACAGAGACAAGCAAUGAGCAAUCAGACCAGUUGGAUAUGGCAGAACUGGAUGCUUUGGCUGAAAAGGUAAUUGCCCUUCGCCAUGAACAACGAUCAAGCAAGGAUGACAGGAAGUUUGAGAUCAAUCCAGGAGAUAUAUUAAAUGGACCUGAACUUGUUAUGAGAAGUGGUCCUGCUUCAGUCAAUUUUGACCCUGGUUUUGAUGAAGCUUCAUAUCUCUCGUGGGUUGAGAAGUUCCAUGAAGCAUCACAGUCAACCGAGAGUUCUCCUUUUGAGUUAGGAAAUAGGAGAAGCUUGCCCGAGGAUAAGCAUCUUAAAGCUGAGGCUGCAAAGAAGAAGGCAGAGCAGGAGAAGUUGUCCAAGUGGGAAGCUCUUGGUUACCAUUCGUUGUCUGUCAAGGAUCCUGUCUGCCCUGCAGACAGGGAUAUGAUGUCAGAUUCUGGUGCUGUUCAUUUUGUUUAUGGAGACUGUACAAAUCCAUCAAAAGUCUGUCCAUCAGAGCCUACGAUCAUAUUCAGCUGUGUUGAUGACUCUGGAAACUGGGGUCAUGGGGGCAUGUUUGAUGCACUGACCAAACUUUCAGCAAGUAUCCCUAGUGCCUAUCAACGUGCUUCUGACUUUGGGGACCUUCAUUUGAGUGAUCUUCAUCUUAUAGAAGUUACUGAGGAUUGUAAUGGACAGAGUAGGGAUAGUAUUGCUCCUCAGUGGGUGGCUUUGGGUGUUGUGCAAUCUUAUAAUCCUAGGCGUAAAGUCCCCCGCAGCAAUAUCUCUAUUUCUGACUUGGAGCACUGCCUAUCAAAAGCAUCAUUCUCAGCAGCUCAAAAUUCUGCUUCAAUCCACAUGCCAAGAAUUGGGUAUCAGGAUGGAUCAGAUCGCUCUGAAUGGUAUACUGUUGAACGUCUUCUGCGAAAGUACGCUGCUAUAUAUGGCAUAAAUGUUUUUGUGUAUUAUUUCCGACGUUCUGCUUCACGCUAAGGUAAAACUUGAUAUCUUACAAGAUGGUGAUAUAUGUUAUGGAUGGUAAAGAGGAAUAAUGAUGUCCCUUAUGAUAGUGGAUGAUCCGCCUUGAAUUUUUUAGUUUACCAUCCCACAAAGCAAGAGGUGUUUUCUGGACACCUGAUUUUUUUACAUGUUUUUGUUGUAGAAGGCUAUGACUAUUGUUGAGGUGUAAAUACUGAAGUUACACCAUCUUUAAUAGCUUAAGCUUUUGGGGUAGAUGGUUGUUUAAUAUAAUAUUAGAGUAGAAAGUUGUGUUCAAAUCUUUCCGUCACCCUCGCCAAUAUCGUAAGUUUUUGGAAUAGAUAGUUAUUUAACAUGAUAUUAGAGUAGGAGG